AUGGAUAUUGAAUUUUUUUAUUCUUUUCGUUUUUUUUAUUUUUUUCUUCUUCUUUUCUUUCUUCUUCUUUUUUUUUUCUUCUUCUUUUUCUUUCUUCUUCUUUUCUUUUUUCUUUUUUCAAAUCUUCUUUUUUUUCUAUCUUUUCUUUUUUUUUUAUUUUUUUUCUUUCUUCUUCUUUUUUCUUUUCAUUUUUUUUCUUUUCUUUCUUUAUUUUCUUUCUUUCUUCUUUCAGAAAAAAGAAAAAUUGCAAAUUUUUUCUUUGGAAUUUUUUUUUUCUUUUUUCUUUCUUUCUUUUUUUCUUCUUCUUUCUUUAUUUCUUUUUUUUCUUUCUUUUUUCUUUCUUUCUUUUUUCUUUUUUUCUUUUUUUUUUUAUUUUUUUUCUUUUUUUUCUUUUUUCUUCUUUUUUCUUUCUUUUUUCUUUUUUUCUUUUCUUUUCGUCUUCUUUCUUCUUCUUUUUUUUUCUUUCUUUUUCUUCUUUCUUUCUUCUUCUUUCAAUCUUUCUUCUUUUUUUCUUUCUUCUUUCUUUCUUUCUUUCUUCUUCUUUCUUUCUUUCUUCUUCUUUUAAUCUUUCUUCUUCUUCUUUCUUUCUUCUUCUUCUUUCUUCUUUUUCUUUCUUUUAAGGCCGUUUUGCCAGCCGCCGGAGAGCGUCGUCCCGGACAGGGCCGUUUUGCCAGCCGCCGGAGAGCGUCGUCCCGGACAGGGCCGUUUUGCCAGCCGCCGGAGAGCGUCGUCCCGGACAGGGCCGUUUUGCCAGCCGCCGGAGAGCGUCGUCCCGGACAGGGCCGUUUUGCUAGCCGCCGGAGAGCGUCGUCCCGGACAGGGCCGUUUUGCUAG